AUGGUGGUGUGUCUUGCUUGUCCAGGCCUUUUUCGUGGUGAAGGGCUGCUGUGCGCGGGGGGCGUGCUGCCUCGGGCUCAUCACGCUGCUCAUGGCAUUGUCACCUUCUGCAUCUGGUUCGUCCAUGGCCAGACGGGAGUUGUGUUCAGCACCCCCUCCUCGCUCCAAGGGAGCUGGUGGGGUCAACAUUCACCCAUGGACGUAACGGCACAAUCAGAACAUCCUUGUCGCAUCGAGGCAAGAGGGUGUGCAUGCGGAGUUGGUGUCCCGCGCUUCGGUGGCUCUGUAUGGCACAGCACUGGGGUGGUAAAUAAGCGCACAAAAAAGCACAACGGUCAUGGUGGUUCAGCGUCGUGUGGCGGCUUCUGGUGGACGAGUGGAAAGGGACGAGAGAGGAGGGGCUCGCAGACGGCCGACUGCCGUACUGUAUGCUCGCUUGAUUGCGAUACGUGCAGCGUCGCGAACAACCGCACAACUGCAAGCAUCAUUGCACAACCGCCAGACAGCUGCACACCCAGCGGGAUUCGGACGGCAGAGCGUAGGGCUGCAGCCGGGGCUAGGAGGAGAUGA